UGUGCGAGGGUGUGAUGCGGCCGUGCUGGCGCGCGCGCGGGAAGACGCGGCGGUGGCGGCGGACGGGCCGCGCUCAGUGCGGGUCGGUCAGUCACAGCGCGAAGGUGGAGGGGGAGAAACGGGAACCGCAGGUAAGGUUCCUUUCGUGUGAAGAUGCCGCUCUUUGGGAAAAUUAUUAUCAUCAAACGGAAUGGGACUGACGGCAUUUAUUUUCCGCUCACUGCCAGCUCAUGUUUGUUUGGAAGGAGAACAGAAUGUGAUAUUCGCAUCCAUUUGCCUCAGGUCUCGAAAGAACAUUGUAAAAUUGAAGUAAAUGAGAACAAGGAGGCAAUACUGACUAAUUUAAGUACAGUAAAUCCCACACAGCUGAAUGGUGAUUAUUUCCAGCAGCCCGUGGCUCUGAAACAUGGGGAUGUGUUAACCAUUAUCGAUCGUUCUUUCAGAUUUGAAUAUCCUCUCCAAUCAACUCUGAAGAAGAGACGAUCCAGAUCUCCAAAAGAUGAAAAGCUGCAGGUUCUUCAUGUUCAGCAGGUAGCAGAAGUGGAGCUGUUAUCCAAACAAACUUCAGGAUCUAAAAGUCUUUGUUCUUCAGAUAGUGCUGAGUGCAAAGAAAAGAACACCGCUGAAAACAAACAAAGUACACAGGAAAACAUUUCCAAAGCCAUGCCAGCUAAGCUACAAACACUCAAGUCUUUCAAAAUACAAGAAAAUACUAAAAAGGAAAAUGAAACAUCCCCUUUUAGUAAACUCUAUGAAAAGCUGAAACAUGAGGUAAAAAGGAGAAAAAUUCUACAAGAAGGAAACUUACUUCAGAAAACUGGAAAAGAAGAUGGGAAGAGUGUUUUGCUGGAACCAAAUGCUCACAUUCCAUCAAGCUAUGCUUAUGAGCUGGGAAUCACAACUAAAGAAAAAGAAACAGGUAUGAAUGAAAAUACUGAAGAAUGUAAAAUGAAUGAAGAAGUGAUCAGCUCAGAGUUGAGUAAGAGCUUAACUGUAGGAGGUGCUACCAGGAAGAGUCUUACCAAAACUCCUCAAGCUUCUGUUUUAAAGGAGAUGAAAAAAGAUAGCGGUAAGGGAAGUCAAUUGCAAGAUCAUAAGGAAUUGAGAACAUCAGGGAAACUGAGUGGUCCUGAAGUUACACCCAAGCCCCACAAGGAGAGCAAUGGAAAUGCAGCAUCUCUGAAGGCGUGCUUGAGUUAUGCAGGUAAAAUCAACAGCUGUACAGUAGUAGUGGAGAAGCUAACGCAGGCAGCUAACUUGAGGAGUGUUUCAGAAGGUGAUAAAUGUGUUCUGUCUACACCAAGGUCCAGGAGGAAGAGUCUUCAAUUUGGUUUCAUAUCACCUGCCAAAGAAGCACAUGGUACAGAUUCUGUAAGUACUGGGACUCCAGCAACUCGAGGAGAUGCAUUGUUGGAACAUGAGUCUUUUUCAGCAGUUUCAGAAGAUGCAGUGUGCGGAAAUGGUGGCCUCCAACAACUGCCUUUGGCAGAAAAUAAAUGCUUAAAACAGAGGCGAAAUAGUAAACAACUUACACCAGGAAAGUCUGUGAAAGAAGAUGCGCUGACAGAAACUUGUGAUCAGAAAAACAUUGACUUGAAAAAGAGAGAUUCUGGAUCUCCAGCCGUAUCUAAGAGUCCCAGAAGAAAAAGCAGGCAAAGUAAUGAGUUAACAAACAAAAGCAUCCAUUCAGAAACAUUGACUUCAGAAGAGUUCACAUCAGAGCUGGCAUCACCUGCUAGUCCGAAAUCUGGCUCUGGAAGAAAAAGGGGAAGGAAAAGGAGCUCUGGGCAGUUAACUGAAAAAGCAUUGGAGACAAUUGCAGUUCAAGAACACAGCGACGAGACUGCAAACACAAAAGGCAGUGAAGCUAAACAGGAGCUGGCCACUGAGGGAUGUCAAAAGAGACAGGAUGUGGAAGAUACCCAUAUUCUAAGACCUCAUAGAUUAUCAUCAAAGAGGUCUUCUGGAAGUGCUACUGUACCGGUGGACAAUGAGACUCCUUCAGAAAUAAAUACUUCUGGCCUGUCAACUGAAGAGCAACCAGGUAAGACCAAAAGGAUAUCUCAGAAGAGGACAAGUGGUGAUUUGUUACCUCAGCCCUUAGGAAAAAGAAAACGAGUGUCUUUUGGUGGUCAUCUGAGUCCAGAACUCUUUGAUAAAAGCUUGCCUCCCAACUCACCCAUUAAAAGAGGAGCCAUUCCUGCCAGACUGAGUUUACCGUUUGGAAACUCACCACGUGCAGUACUGAAAAAGGGGCAGGGACUGAAACACUUUGCAGUCCAGGAGCUCGGUGCUCAUUUGCAGAAAGAAAAAAUGUCACCCAAAAGCGUGUUGGCCCAGAAGUCCCCACCUGCCUCAUCCCCUGCUUCUGGAAAAGCAACACCCACAUUUACUUUAAGCUCUCCACCACCUUACACAAAAGGACGUUUCUCUGUUUCUCAAGUAACGACUCCAUCCCCCAUUGCAGAAGAGCAGAACACAGGUGUGAAAGAUAUAAAUACGAAGGAGAAAAGUGCUGGCCAAGUGGAAACACCUAAAUCUUCUCAUGUGAACGAAGAUGAGAAAACCUUUUUGAUGACUACGCCUAACAGAUUAACCAGAAGAUCACAGCAUUCUUUGAAGAAGACCCCUAUGAAGAGGAGAAGUGGGGCAGUGGCAGUACUCAGUGCAAAAAGAAGGAGUGGUGCUUCUAGUGCCAAUUUACUAGUUGCAAAAACGUGGGCAGAAGUGGUUAAAUUAGGUGUUGCAAGACCACAGGCAAAGGCUGUCAAAAAAUGUGUUCAAAAAGGAAGACCAGCAAAGAAAAUCAUACGGACACCAAAGACACCAGAAAGAAAAAUAAAAGGUCAUUUUAGUACAGGUCAUGCAGAGUCACCUGCGACAAUAGUUGUAGGUAGAGCUUACUCCACCACAGUCCAAACAGCUGGAAAGGUCCCUAAAAUGGUAAAAAAUCCAGUCUUGAAAAGAAACAUGAGUAUGGAUGAAGACUUGACAGGACUGACCGAGAUGUUUCAAACUCCAGAUAAUAAGGGUGGAAAAACAUCAGCUUUGACCACUGCUCAUGAUUUUACACCAACACUCACUGCAAUGGAGAUUUCUGAUCUGCAUACUCCUGAAGAAACUGGAGAGAUGAUGGUGUCACCAUUAAAUGCUUCAGAUGUUGCAGAACAGAAACAGGAUUGUCAAGACAUCUCUUACUUUCUGAGAGAGAGAGAGUCUCUGAAGUCUGCGUUUGAUGCAGUAUCCACAGAAACUCCUGAAAAGAAGAAAAUUGUGCUGAAGGAAGAUACUGGCAUGGAUAGUGGGUCAGUAAACCCAGAGAAACAAGUAUCUCAAGUGAGGUCAUCAAGUAAAAGGAAAACUCCAACUCAGAAGCUGGAGUCAGUUGAAGUUGUAUCAAAUAUCAAGCAGCCUUUAAAGACCCCAAAGCAGAAGUUAGAACCAGCAGACACCUUGUCAGGCAUCAAACAGCUCAUGAAGACGCCGAAGCAGAAGUUAGAGCCUGUAGAGUCCCUGUCAGGCAUUAAGGAGCUCAUGAAGACACCAAAGCAAAAUUCAGAACCCUCAGAGGUCCUGUCGGCCAUCAAGCAGCUCUUGAAGACCCCAAAGCAGAAGUUGGAACCAGCAGAGGUCCUGUCAGGCAUCAAACAGCUCAUGAAGACACCAAAGCAGAAGUUAGAGCCUGUGGAGUCCUUGUCAGGAAUCAAGCAACUUUUGAGGACCCCAAAGCAGAAGUUAGAACCAGCAGAGGUCCUGUCGGGCAUCAAACAGCUUUUGAGAACCCCAAAGCAGAAGUCAGAACCAGCAGUGGUCCUUUCAGGCAUCAAGCAGCUCAUGAAGACCCCGAGGAAGAAGUUGGAGCCUGUAGAGUCCUUGUCAGGCAUCAAGCAGCUUUUGAAGACGCCAAAGCAGAAGCUGGAACCAACAGAGGUCCUGUCAGGCAUCAAACAGCUCAUGAAAACCCCAAAGCAGAAGUUAGAGCCUGUGGAGCCCUUGUCAGGUAUCAAGCAGCUCAUGAAGACCCCAGAAGAAAAGCUGAAGCCAGCAGUGGUCCUAUUGGGCCCACCGCAAAAGUCAGAACCCAUUACAGAUGAAAAUGCCUCUGAAAAGUUGCUGGAGAUUCCAAUACAAAAAAAAGAGAUAUUAAAAGAUGUUACAGGAGUUAAUUUAAUCAAGAAAACUCCAAAAUUCAAAUCCCAACCAGUAGAAGACAUGGUUGGAAUCAGCCGUAUUUUCAAGACACCAAAGGAAGAAGUUAAACCCAUAGAAGAUGUAUUUGGUAUCAGUAGAUUAAUGAAGACUCCCAGAGAGAAAUCUCAACCAGUUGAUGAUUUUGUGGGUUUGAGUAGACUUAUGGCAGAACCCAGACAGAAGAAUUCUGAGCAUGAAUUGGACUAUGUUGGAGUUAAGGAAAUAUUUGAUACACCGGAGAAAAUGAAGGACAAGACAGUAAGUGUUAUGGAUCCUAAGCAAGAAGAUUCUGUACAUCCUUCUACUAAUUGCAGUCGUGGAUAUGAAGACAAAGGAAAUACUUCACAAGGUGAAGAUCCUCAACAGAGGAAGUCAACUAGUGAAGGCCAGUCUACCCAGAGGCCAACCAGGGGCAGAUUGAGGAAGACUGUACAUCCUGCUUCAAUAAAGCAGACUGAAAAGGAUUUAAAUUUAAAAGAAUUACAAGGUCUGGAGAAAAAGAGCUCCCAAGAAGAGAUGGGAGAGGUCAGAACUUCAACUUCGGUGGCUAAAAAUCUAGGAAGAGGAAGGAGAGCAAAUGCUUGUGUGGUAGAAGAAAACAUUUCAGAACAUAAUGGUGAGAAAAAAGUUGAAACUGUUUCAACUUCAGAGAUUCCUGUUGCUGCUCAAAGACCAAGAAGAGGUAAAAGGAAAGAAGCAAAGGAGUUAAAACUUCCAGAUGAGAACCUUGAGUCUUGUGGCAAAGAUUCUUCAGUGUUACAAAAAGAACCUGCAACUAUGAAACUGGCUUUGCAGGAUUUUAUUAUCAAUGACAUAGUAAUAAAAGACGACCUUCAAAACGUGAAGGCAGAAAGUUUAUCUAGUAACAAUCAAAAUGAAAACUGUCAACUGCAGACAGACUUUAAAUACUCUGAAGAUACAUCUAACAAGGCCAGUCCAGGAGACAGUAAAGAAGUGGUUCUACUGCCUAGGAAGAGGGCUAGAGAAGUGGGGAAAGCAGAAAACACAGAAGAACCGAUUGCACCUAAAAGAGAAAGGAGAGCUAAGAAUGACCAAGUCAAGCAAGCUUCUACAGAGGAGCUUCAUGCAACAGCAAGGAGGCUUCGUAAACAACCAUCUGCAAAGAUAAUACAAGAGGAUGAGCAGACUUUAGAGACUGCUCCAGCAGGAGAAUCUGAAAACAGAACUGAAGUUGAAAUGAAAAUAACACAAAAAAGAGUUAAGUCUUCAAGAAAUGCUAGAAAACAAUUGACAGAAGUAAAAUCAGAGACUUAUGGGAUGGAACCUGAGAAUACACCGAAUGUUCAGAAAAUCAAGGAAACUCUGGGUGAAACUGUUGCUGAAACACGAUCAGCCACCAAAAAUGAGAGGGAAGCAUCUCUAGGAAAUGAAACUGAAAAUACUCAGGCAAACACAACAGAAGCAUCUCGGAGAUUAAGAUCACAGGAAAAUUCUGGAGAAACAAAGAAAAUGCCAACUGCUGUUCUAGUCUUGGAAUCAAACAGCUUAGUGCAAGAAACAAGCAGAACUAGGAGCAGGAGAGGCAAGAAGGACUCUUCAGAGCAAAAGACUGAUGAAUCUGCUAAAAAUGUAAACUGCUCAGAGCUAAUAACACUCAAGUCAGAAACAGAAAUAGAGAAAUCUUCUCCCAAAGAGCCUUCAGGCUGUGUUGAUGAAAAGAAGAUAGACAAAAUAAUGGGAGAUCAGAACAGCACAUCUGCCACAACAGUUAGAGCUGUAAGCAGUGACAGUGAUGCUCAUCACCAUCAAAAGCAGACAGAAAAUAAACAGGUACUAAAAUCAAAGGAAACUGAAGUUCUGCAAGAGAAUCAACCACAAAACAAUGGAGCUAUGCGUAUGAGAGGUAGAAUUAGAAAAGUUAAUUUUGAACUUGAACCAUCCAGUUCCAAAGUACUUGGGCAAAAAAGGAGUUCACCUGGGAACGAGGAAGGAAUGACUUACAAAGUUGGUCAACAAGAGACUUUAGAAAAUCCUUCUUCUCAAGUAAGGAGGAGCAGAAGAAAGCAAGUUAAUUCCAUUCCACAAGCGGCUGGUUCUACCUUUACAGAACAGCAGACCUUAAUUGAAGAUCAUAGUAAAGAUGAGAGUUCUGUAAAAGACCAUGAUCCAGCUUUGGAAGCUACUCCCUCUUCAACAGAAGACAAUCCACCGAGACGGGCAAAAAGACGAGAGGUUGUUGUAGCAUCACAAGAGACGAGUUCUCUUUCUAUCAGAAAAAAACGUGGGUUGCAAGAAGGUGAUGAUAAAAAGAUGACUGCGAAAGAAGAUCAAAAUCCAGCUUUGGGAAAUAAAACUUUGCAGGCAGAGACAAAUGCAUCAGCAAGGGACAAAAGAAAAAAGAUCGAUCUAGCAGCAGAGGCAAAAAGUUCAUCUUCUCUCCAGAGGAAGUGUGGCUUGUCACAAAAUGGUGAUAAAGAGGUGAAUGCUAAUGAAGAACAAAAUAUGCCUUUGGAACCGGUGUCCCUCACAGAAGUGAACCCAUUAGGAAGGGGCAGAAGGAAAGCAGCUCUGGCGUCACACACAACUAAUUCAAUUUCUCUUAGAGGAAAACGUGGCUUGCCAGCAGACAGUGUUAAGGAAGAUGCUCCUGAAGAGGAUAAUGUUCCAUUAGAAACUGUUGCUUCAUCUCCGAAAGAAAAUCAGCUGAGAAGAGGCAGGAGGAAUCAAGUGGCCUUCUUGCCAGAAGCCACAAGUUCUGCUCAGGGAACACAGAGCUUAUCAAAGGAAAGUGGUCGAAAGAAUAAUCGUAGGGAAGCUAAAAACCCGACUUCUGAAAAAUCUGCUUCCCAAGAAAAAAUAGAUCCUUCAAAAGGUGACUCCAGGAAACAAAAUAGCACUUCUCAGCCUGUUAGCUCUGGAUCUCUUCAGGGUUUGCCAGAAGAUGGUAAGAAUGAAUCUCAGCAGAGUACGCUUCUGGAAACAACUCCAUCUUCAGAAGGGAAUCCAUCAAGAUUGGGUAGGAAAAAAACAGUUUCUUUCAAAUUUGAGGAUACCAGUUCCAGUUUUCUCAGGGAAAAACGCGUCUUCUGCAACAACAGAGGUCAAAAGGGAAACCUUAAUGAUGAUGAAAGUGCAUCUCUGGAAAAUAAUUCAUCCCAGGAAAACCGUAGGCAGCUGAGAAAUAAGAGGGAAAAAGUAGAAUUCAAAUCAAAGGCAGCUACUUCUACUUCUCUCCAUGAUAAGGGCAACGUGUCAAAACAUGAUAACAAUUCAGAAACUCAAAAUAAGUGUUUGGCAUCCACUGGUUCUGAAAAAAAUAAGCAGUCUGGAAAAGAGGUUAACCCUGCUCAGCAGCCAACCUCCACUUCUCGUCGAAGAAAAUGUCAGUUGCCAGCAGAUGUCUUAGCACCCAAACAGUUAAAAUCAGAUAAUGAUGAAAAUAGAUCACCUAAAAGAGGAAGAAGAAACAAAGCCAAAGAAGAACUUGACAGAGGGGGCAUAAAGGCAACUCAGAAUCCUGGAGGAAACGACAGAAGAACAAGAUCAAGCACAAGAGCAAGUGCAAGAACAGGAAAAUAGCCUUCGCAGUUUCAGAAUCAGUUUUUAAAACAAUUCAGUAAUUGAAUGAAUAAGUUUGUAACGUGAACUGAUUUGCACUCGGAUUUUCAUUUCAGGUUUUGUAAAACAAUAAUGAUGUUACAAAAGUAAUUCUCUCGAUGCAUUUACAGAUACAGCAUAGAUACCUGUUCUUAGUAGAUCUGUCUGUGUAGCGGUUCUUAAACCGUGCGGUGCUUGUCCAGAAUGGCAAAUACAAAAAUUAAUCCUUUCUAACAUUAUUUAUCCCCUUCUUCUGCUGAUCAGUACAGCAGUCAGUAAGCCAUGCUACUUCACUGUCCAUUUAAUUGUAAGCUAUUUUCUGCGUAGUUUCAUGCGCUUAAGUCUUAUUUUUCAUUGAAGCUCUGUAAAUAUUCUUUAAAAAAGAACUAUAGAUUUAUUAGUAAAACUGCUAUGCUGAAAUGUUUUUUAAAAGAAUUUCAUAUUUGGUUGUUUUUUUUUUGGAGAUUUGUAAUUCAUUAAAUUUGUAAACAAUUUGA